GUUUUGGCGGGUAGCAAAAGCGACCUCAUCGGAACGCUUUGGAACAAUCGGCAUAGCCAGCUAGCGUGUGUGUUUGUUCUAUUUUACAUAAAUCAACAAAUCAACCAUGUCUGAUGACGCAGCUACAACACCUUCAAAGCGAGGACGCAAAGCUAAUGCAGAAAAAGCUGAAAAAGUAGAAAAAGCAGAGAAGAACGACACAAAAAAGAGGGGAAAGAAAGAAGUAGAUGAUGACGAUGCAUCACCUGCAAAGAGGGGUAGAGGCAGGCCAAAGGGAACCACAAAAAAGAAGAGCCCAGUCAAACCCAAAGGCAAAUCUGCUGGAGCAUCACGAGGCCGUGGCAGACCAAAGAAGAAAGAGGAACCCAAGGACUCAGGAGAUGAAGAUAAUGACGACAAUGAUGCUGGAGAAGAGGAAGAAGAUGAUGAUUAAAUGUUAAGUCUUAAAUAAGUUUUGAUUUUUGCCGCACCCAUGUAUUUGGGCGCCAAUCUUACAAAUAUGUCGUUGAAAAUAUUUUUAAUAACUUUGGUUUAUUAUUGUAUAGCAAAAAUAUCAUUCCGUAUGUGUCUUUGUGCCAUUAGAAACACUAACUCACCUACACUGCCAAAUUUGGCUGGUUAAAUUUAUAUAGACCAAUUUUUGUGGUUUUAUUGUCAACAGAUAAUACUUGAGGGACUAGAUGUUUCCCUUCAACCAGACUGAAUUGUUUUUUUAUAUUUUGGCUUUUAAAAUUAAAAAUUAUACAUAAUCAUUGCCUAUGGCAACACUGUUAACCUCAAAGUACAAAGAAAGUACCAUAUUGGUUGUUGUGGAAAUACAUCUAGUUUCAUAAUGAUUCUAUCUCCAAAUUGAGUGGUGAAAGGUAGUUAGCAUUGACAGUUAUUUACAUGUUUUUGUGGAUUGGUGGGCGCACAAUAAUAUCUUUUAGUUUGUAAGCUGUGUAAGUUAAUAUCUUAGAUAUUUGAAUUAGUUAGUCCUUUUCUCGAUCUGUGUUUCAGUGUAAUAGUCUUGGUCAAAAUAAUUUAAUAAAAAUUACAUUUUAAGAAUUUAA